GUAUCUCGCAUUAAAGCAGGAAGCAAACUGGGAAUAACAUGGCCAAAUUCCUGUCUCAGGAUGAUAUCCAAAAGUUCAAAGAAUGCUUUUCUCUCUACGAUAAGAAGGGUAGAGGUAAAAUCCCAGCCUUGGAUCUUCAGACCGUGAUGCGCUGCCUGGGAACGUGUCCCACCCAAAGUGAAGUCGCGCGGCACCUGCAAGUCCAAAAAAUUGGCAAAGAUGGUGAAGUGGAUUUCUCUACCUUCCUGACAAUCAUGUACCGGCAGCAGAAGCAGGAAGACCCGGAGAAUGAGAUCCUCGUUGCCAUGCUCAUGUCGGAUAAACGAAAGAACGGCCUUAUCUCUGUAUCCGAACUGCGAGCAAAACUUACUCAGAUGGGGGAAAAACUGACACCUGAAGAAGUUGAUGACCUCUUCAAAGAUGCUCAUAUUGGGCCUGACGGGAUGCUUAAAUAUGAAGAGUUUGUAAGGAAGAUAACACUACCGGCCCCUGACUACUAAACGAGCAGCAAGAUUCCAACGAGAG